AUGGAGCAGAAAAUGGCCGCCUGAGAGGGGGAGGGAAGGAGACGCUGCUGCCGCUCGGGGAGGGACGGAGUAGGGCGAGCCAGGGCCGAGCCCGCUGAGCACCGGAGCCAGCGACGGACCGAGACCCGGGGGGGAGGAGGGAGCCUGGCGGCGCCGGACACCAAUUGGUAUUUCUUGGCUGAUCUGAAGUGUUGAUGUUUAACUCUUUCCUUCAGUGAGAACUGCAAAGCUGAGCAGCUUCAUUGCUAAAAAAAUCAAGUGGCAACACUUGAUUAGGUUAUGUUUGAUUUAGAGCUUCCAUUAACCGGAGGUCCUGUUUCUGCUGAAACUUGAGCACUACUCGACGGUCAUCAGUUUUGCGGGUCUGGCUCCCCAGGAUGCUACCCUACUUUUGCUGCUCUCCCUUUCAGUGACGACACUGGCUGCUGACAUACCACAGUGCUGCUUCCUCCUAACUUCAGAGUGGGCGUUUUGCUUGCUGACCUUACAGGAUGCUCAUUUUUAGAGCAAGAGAGAACCAUUUUCAUGAGACUCCUCUUGUGAUACCUCAUGUCCAAUAGGUCUUCUCUUCUGUGGUAUAAUCUAAAGACCAAAAGCAACAUAAUGUCUUAUUUAUUUUCAUUUUCAGCAUGUCUUUGUGACAAAUGCUAUUUUAAUAAGGAAAAUUAUAACAUUUUGAGCCCUCUGCGUUGACAGUGGAGUUCUAAGAGUGAAACAUUUUAUUGGAUAUGUGAAAGUAUUGACAUAUGUUCUAUUGCAAUGUCAUACCUAUGAUUAAAAUGACAUUCUGAUUCUUAUGACUUCUGCUUGUUAGCGCUCUGGGAACAUCUUUGUUCCUUUAUUAAAAUAGCAUUUUAUACAAAUACUUUGUAAAAAGACAAAAUACUUUUUUGGUGUUCUUUGGCAAGUUGACAUUUUUCCAGCUUAGUUUUUUUUGAGGCAAAGAGUGUACCGGUGAAAUUUGAGUGGUGUAAUGUUUGGGGUAAGAGAAGUAUCUAUCCAUCACAUUUAAUGUCCAGAUGGAUACAUUCAUACUACAUCCAUUAGAGUUAAUAGCAACAGGCAAAGAAUAAGCCCAACAUGUAAGGCAGACUUCUAAAAAUUUGAAAAUUUAAUCCCCUAUUGCCUCUACGCUGUAGAUAUUCAGACUGGACUGAAAGCCCUGAUCCUGCAGUACGAGGCAUACAGGCAGACCUCUGUGUCUAUGUGGAAAACUCAUUGUCUUCAGCGGGGCUGUAGGUAGACACAGUGGUCCAUCUGUGUGUAUCUUGUUGCAGGAUUGGGGUGCAAAUCUCAGUGAGCCCGCUCCCUCACAUGCUUGCUUUUUUUUUUUUUUUAAUGCUCUUAGUAAUUGGGUUCACUCAACAGUCAUUUUCUAUGGUCUGUUUUUUGAGAGCAAGGAUUUAUAGGAUACAACAAUGAUGAAACUUCAAGGUUGAAAACACAUGAAAUGUGUGGUUUCUUUAUGUAUUACAACUAAUUAUUUAUAAAAUAAUUGGUGUUUGACAUAGCUACAUUAAAACUGUUUACUAGUUUUUUCUGUUGUGCAUCUUAGAAGAGCACAGAUUGUAGUAGUUUGUUUUUUGAAGCCUAGUCAUUAAUUUGGUUGUCACGUCAUGGUAAAUAAGGCACUUUAAAAUAUGACUUAGGUUUUGCAAAUAUUUUUGUACCUUGAGAGAAAUGGAAUUCAAAAUAUUCUAAUAGCUAGUUUUAAUUUCUCUCAAUCUGAAUUAUCUGGUGUUGGAGAGCUUUUCUUGACAGGGCGCUAAGGAUGAAGUUUCAUCAAGAAAGAGGGUUAAUAGUCCUAUUAGAGAUUUAGGUGAUCUUUGGGGGGUAGGGAAUGUAUAUAUUUUCAAGUCAACGUCUGAGUUUUGUCUUGUACAUUUUUCUUGAAGUUCGGUUUAGGUAAGGGCAACUCUGACUUCUACACUGAUACAACAAAUUUGCCUCUGGUUGCCAAAAAGGAUGACUAGUUCCUGUGGGAUGGAAGUGGAUCAGUUGGUAAUAGCUCAUUAAGUAUUGUAGUAGAUCUGCACUCACUACAUCUUAGAGACAUGAGCUCCUCCAGACAUUUCUGCUCUCCCUCGCCAGUUCUGUGCUGACAGAAGAAGGGAAAUUUCAGGUUGUGUUACGCAGAUACUUUCCCACUCUUUCAUCAACAUGGAAAGCUCAGAUUCUAACGAUAAAGGAAGUAUUGAUCACUCAGAAGCACAGCGCCGGAGUCAGCUGGAUCGAUUAGAACGUGAAGAAGCUUUCUAUCACUUUGUAAAUAACCUGAAUGAAGAGGACUAUAGGCUUAUGAGGGAUAACAAUUUGCUAGGAACACCAGGUGAAAUUACUGAAGAAGAAUUGAUGAGAAGGCUACAUCAAGUUAAAGAAGGUCCACCACAGCAAAAUGGUGAUGAGAACAGAGGUGCAGAAUCCACAGAAGAUGUUUCUAAUAGAGAUUCCAUAAUAGACUGGCUUAAUUCAGUACGACAGACUGGAAAUACCACACGGAGCGGGCAAAGAGGAAACCAGUCUUGGAGGGCAGUGAGCCGGACUAACCCUAACAGUGGUGAUUUCAGAUUCAGUUUGGAAAUAAAUGUCAACCGUAAUAAUGGGAACCCAAACCCAGAAGCUGAAAAUGAGCAAUCUGUAGAGCCCUCUAAUGGUGAGGAUUUGGAAAAUAGCCAAAGUGACACUGAGACUCCAAGAUCUGAAUCGCCAUCUGUAAGGCAGCCUGGCUCAGACAGAAGUACCUCUGAGGAGUUAGCAACUGAGGAAGCAUCUCCUCUCAGAGGCCAGAGAAGAGCAAGAAGCAGGAGCCCAGAACAACGAAGAACCCGGGCUAGGACUGAUAGAAGUAGGUCACCUAUUAAUCCAGCAAGUGAGACUCCUCGCAGAUCUCCUCACAAUAUGCCAUCUCAGACACUUGAUCAUUCCCUCGUAAACGAAUCUGAGGGAAGUUCUAGAACUAGACAGCAUGUGACGUUAAGGCAACAUACGACGGGGACUGAGAUUGCAAGUGAAAAUGCAGUUCUGUUUUCAACCCCUGAAACAAGACCUGCUCCUCCAGCAUUAGGUUCUUCAGAAACAAAUGGCAGCAGUGAGUCUGCAGCUCCUGGACAGAGGCCACCUACUAUAGUUCUUGAUCUUCAAGUGAGAAGAGUCCGUCCAGGAGAAUAUCGGCAGAGAGACAGCAUAGCCAACCGAACCCGAUCCAGGUCCCAGACACCAAACAAUACAGUCACUUAUGAAAGUGAACGUGGAGGGCUUAGGCGUACAUUUUCACGUUCAGAACGGGCUGGAGUGAGAACUUAUGUCAGUACCAUUAGGAUUCCUAUUCGUAGAAUCAUAAACACGGGCUUUAAUGAGACAACAUCGGUCGCAAUUCAGACCAUUCUAAGGCAGAUAAUGACAGGUUUUGGAGAAUUAAACUAUUAUAUGUACAGUGAUGGUGAUGCAGAUCCUAAUGGCCCAGCCCCAAACCAAAAUGUAGAUGCUCCUGAGUUACAGAAUGGAGGUGAUAGUGGUAGUACUAGUUCACGCAAUGAAAGUACUGAAGGUAGCUCAGGGGAGGUAUAUGAAAGUAGUAAUGAAGGAGGUUCAACAUCUGCUAGGCGGGAAGGUCGGAAUACUAGGGGAUCAGUCACUUUUGAAGAAAGUGGCUCUUUACCAUUCCUUAGCCUAGCACAGUUUUUUCUACUAAAUGAGGAUGAUGAUGACCAGCCAAGAGGACUCACCAAAGAACAAAUUGACAACCUAGCAUGGAGGAAUUUUGGUGAAAGCGAUGCUCUGAAAACCUGUAGUGUCUGUAUUACAGAAUACACAGAGGGCAACAAGCUUCGUAAACUGCCUUGUUCCCAUGAGUACCAUGUCCACUGCAUUGAUCGCUGGUUAUCAGAAAAUUCCACUUGUCCUAUUUGUCGUAGAGCAGUCUUAGCGUCUGGUAACAGAGAAAGUGUUGUCUAAAUGAGAGCUGAAUUUGUGGCUGAACAGCUGGUGUAAUAGUGAUGGGCAACAAGGUCACUUUCAUUAUGACCACUUUUUGAGUGGUGCUUCAAUGUAAAGUAAUGAGUCUGGCUGCUUCGUCCUUCAUGGAAACAUUUUCUCAGAAUUAAAGCUUUUAAAAUGGGAAUCUCUUUAAAUUAGAGUCUCCAAAUCUAUUCAGUUUCAGUGUCUCGAAUUUCAGACAAUUUUAUUUCCCCAAAGACACCUAUUUGUUAUAAAUUUCUCAUUUUUUUCAUCAUCAAGACUGUUAAGCUCCUUCCCCAUCCCCUCCCCAAUGCAUUGUGAAUCUUAAAGACCUCAGCACUCAAUUCAUCCCUGUAAGGAACUUAUCUGAGAAGUCAUCCUAGCUACAGCACAUGCUUCAUAGUGGAUUUUUAAAAGCAAACCCAGCUAUCCCACUGAAUAUGAAAUUCAUGCAACUGCACCCUUAAAUAUAAUUUUGGUUAAUUUUCAUAUUGGGUAUUCUUGGACACAUGAGUGCAGAUAACACUAAUGUUAGCCCUUUUCCCAUUGUACAGCUGUCUCCAGCCCAUCACUAUGGCACUCUGUAGAGUGAGCUGAUAGCUUAAUCGGGAUAUUUAUCUUGUGGAAAUAUAAGAAUUGCCUAUGCUUGUUUAAAUAAAAAAAAUCACAAUUUUUGUUUUACAAUUGUAAAGCUUUUUUGUAGAAGCUCAGUACUUUUCCAGUGCACUGUUGUACUAAUGCAUUAAGAAUUAAAAUUGUACCAUGCUUAGAAAUGAAGAGAAUGCUUUUCAUAUAAGACCCACCACACACAGAGCAAACUAAAUACAAGCGAGCUGCUUUUGUAAAUGUUAUUGUCAAGAGCAGUGCAUAUCUGUACUAUUUAAUUUAUGUGAACAGCUACUGUAACAUAAAACAGUUAAGAAUUAGCCAUCUUAAUUUCAUUAAAACGGAUGGAAAUUGAAUGUUAUAAUUGCAAUGUCUUGGCUCAGUAAUGCCACCAAAAAAGGUGAUAAAAAAAAAAAUAGAAACCUGCUCUGAAGACUGGUUUUUUCUUUGUAUGGUUACUGAUGUGUAAUGAUACAAACUUGUAUGUACCAGUUUCAUUCAGUGAGGAUUUUGCCCAAGUUUUGUAUUAAGCUGUAUUUUAAUCACUGAGGGAGCUGUAUGUAACUUUCAGCAGACAAAUGUUGGCAAAUUAAUUUUCUCCUCCCACCCUAAUGAUCUAGUAAUCUCUGGAGCUUUAAUGAUUUAACAUGCUGGCCUUCAAAAAUCAAUGGCAGUUGCAUGGGACCUAAGUAUCCAUGGUAGAGAAAUUAACAUUUAGGUGUAACGGAGAAAUAAUCUUCUAACAGAAGUUUCUCAAAUGAAUUGCCAAUCUUAAAUUAUUGGUUACCGGAGUACAUUUAAAAAAUGAAAUUUCAAGUUGUUUGAAUUUGCAACUUAUUUUCCUUAAAAUAAAAUAUUAGGCAUGUUUCUUUACUGUUAAAGACUGUCUACAUUCCACUCGCGUUUUGUAUUAAAAGUUAGUGUGGGCUCACCACAAUUCAAAUCUUAUAAAUGCAUUUGCACAAUUUUAAGUCUGCUUUGGAAAUGUUCAUACCUCAACUGUCUUUACAUGGUGGGAAACCUCUUCCCCAUUCCCAAGAAACCUUUACUCUUUAGUAGCUUUGCCAAUGCUACAUGCUUCUCAAGGAAAGCAAUGUUCUAUUUCAAGUAAAAAAAUAUAUAUAGUAGUUGUUAACUAGGGAUAUGAACUGCUCUUGCUGGCUAGAUCCAAAAUGUUGCUCGAUACUCAGAUGACAAAACCAAACCUGACCUAUCUUUUUUUUACAUUAACUAAUCUUCAGUGUUUGAGUGGUGGUUACAGAGAACGUCAUCCUAGCUGCUAAGCCAUUAUAACGUAACUACUCACCAGCCUGUUCUGGAGCCCUCCCGUUUUUCUAACAGUGCAUUUUCAUGUCGUUCUCAGUUCGAUGGGGAAUCCUGACUGGCUUGUGAGCUCACUUACCUUGUGGUGGAAUGCUCCAUCAUUGUAAGGGUGUUCCUUAUCGUAUGUUUUUAAAACAUUUAUAAACAAAUACAUGCUCUCAAAUGUUCUCUCUGAGAUGUGUUCAUCUAUAAAAUUGGAGGUUAGAUAUUAAUGUUACUGGUUGGACUUUGAUUCAUGAAUGUAGCUAAUGAAUCUUAAGCCAAAACUACUUCUCAAACAUUGGACACCCUGAUUUUUGAAUCUUUUCUGUAGUAUGCACAUAAGUGUAUGCAAUCACUUGCAUUUUUCAGUAACGCUCUUUGCUGACUUGGACUGUAGAAUUAAAAUUGAAAUAUUUUAUAGUAGUAUUUGCUACUGAUUUCUAAAUACACUUUUAGCUUUUUAAAAUCAGAUGUCUUAUGAGGACUAAGGACAGACAUGAGAAUAAUAUAAGCCCAUUAGCAACAAGCGAUACACAGUGGAGGAAGACUGUAAUACCUCAUUAAGCAGUUACUCUUUCGUUAAUUAAGAUUGUUCUUGGUUUCCAAGAACUAUACAGUUCAACCAUCUUGUAGUUUUAUUAUGAUUGCCUAAGAGUGGUAUGCCUUAAUGUUUUAACUUUAUGUAAUUGUAACAACGGUUAAAGUGUCUGAGGUUCCCAAAAAGGUACCAGAAACCAGUGUUCACCUCAAUUAAGAAUCCUUUGAAUGUUUCAAAUGUUUUAAUUAUUUAUAAUGAAAUUCCUUUUUAAACUCUUACUAUACCAGUAGCACUGGGGUUUGUUUCUUUUGACUUCAAACAAUUGACAAGAGUGAUAUUGCUGUUAGUGAGGAACUCUUACCUAGAUGAGGCAUUUACCAACGUCCACAACAGUUCUGGAAAUGAGCAAUGGUAUAACUGAGCUCUGAGCUACACCUAGUAACUCAAUGGCGUUUAUGAAUACUUUCCUAUUAUGAAUUGUGCAAAACAAAUCUGGAAAAUUAUUGGCCUGAUCCAGCAGCAGGAAUUCUCAUCUGAGUAAGGGUUGCUGGAUCAGGCCCUAUUAUUAUAAGGUAAUUUAGUUAAUUCCUGUAUAGUACAAGAAAUUUAUGGGCGUCAUUCUUUCCUUUAAAUUAAAGUUAUAUCAAGCUUUAAAAGCCAAUAUUAAUACUUCAAUUUUAAAUUAAAUUGCAAGCUUUAUAGAUAAAGUAUAGAAGUGUCUCUAGUGAGGUGCUCACAAUUAGCUAAAGUUAGUCUCUCUUGAAUCAACUUAUUUAAAAAUAUAUGAAUCCUUUUGGUGCCAAGCAUUCUUAACAUAUUUGCAUCUAUAGCUUUCUUAAGCUUCAACCUAUUUUUUCAGCAUUGGAAUUGUAGAUGGAUGUGCACUGUUUUUACAGCCACUUUACUGGAUGCCCAUGGCCACUGAGAGGGUUAAAACACAGCUAUUAUCUUUUGGGGGGGGGGGGUUAAUGCCCACGUGUACAUAGAUGAAUAAGUUUAAAAGAUUCUGGUAGCCACCUUAUACAUUGCUGCUCUCCUCUUCUUAGUUUAUGGUGCCAUCUUGAGGAAGCUUUUUUUACCCUCCUUCAAAGUUGGGGAAAUACACAUCUUUGACUCCAUUAUUUAUUAAAACAUUAAUUUCUUUGCUGUUUAAGUUGGUUUUGUGUUUGAAGGAGCUCCCCUGCUAGAGCUUGUAUAAGGAAAGCUGAUGUUAAAAAAAAAAAAACAAAAAAACAAACUACAACAAAAACACACAAACACACACACUUGCACAUUGUGGACAGCCAUCCUCCUGGUGUUUGGGAUUACCCCUAGGUAUUUAAAACAUAGAAGAGUGCACAAUCUUUUGUUUUGUAAGAGUGCAGUAUAUAGUUCUAAUCAAACUGCAAAUUUGUAGACAUUUUUAAUGGGUUUUAUCCAUUAAGUGAAAGAACUGUGAAAAGUAGUGACUGGUUUUUACUGGGGUUCUUCUUUUACUUGCACUUUUGUAAAAAUAAACAGCUUUUUGCAAAUAGUAUUUUGCAGGCAGUUAGUUCAUUUAUGUUAACUGAUCCUUGUUUGGAAAAUAGUGUUAUUUGACAGGGUAGUUGCUGCACUGCAUGCAUAGAAACUACUCGUUAAAAGUUUCUUAAGGACUUUCUGUAGGAAGUAUUAGUGUGCAUGCAUAGCAGCUGCACUAACAUGAUACUGUACCAAUUUUGAAGAAGCCAUGAUUGGCCAUUGUGCCAACUUGCAGAUUAAUGUGUUUUCAACUAAUGUUGACACAAUGGACGGUAACGACUGUCCGCUAUCCAUGGAUUAUGCGAAUAUGUAGUGUCCAAAGGACAAUUUCACCAGUAUAAUUUCAGUAAGAAAUGUAUCUUAAAAUACUUGCCUACACUUUGAGGAAAUUCAUGAUCUGAGAUGCGUUAUAGUAACUAGGGUCUAAUUUUAAGAUGAGAAAAGAAAUUUAGUUAAAGCUGACCAUUGGUUUCCAUUUUGUACCAGUGUGCCUAGGUAUUCCAUGGGUCUUCCAACAGUGUGUGUUCUUAAUCAGCACAUAUAUUGCAAUAUCAAGGUUCAGCUGGCUGGGUUUAGCUGUUUAGCUGCAGCCUUAACUUUUCUUGGCAUUGUUAAUUUGAGACCCUUACUAUAACUGUAAUGUGGUGUUCUGUGCAAGAAUCUGGUGUUUCCGUUCAUCCGCAGUACAACUGGGGAUUUAUGUGACUUGAUUAGGGAUAUGUGAUCAGAUCUUGAGUUGAUUAGGUACACAGUUGUAAUGGAAAUGCCUGUGCCAGGUUAUCUGGCUUCUCCCAGGAGGUGUUAACUUGGAGCCAUGUUAAGGGAAUUGAGCAACACAGUUAGAAAUAUUUGAAAUUUUCACCUACAAGAGGCUUUAUUUUUGUUUGGGUUGCAUUGCUGAGGGGAAGGAGACAGAAGGAAAUCUAAUGGUAAUGUAAUUUACUCAAAGCACAUUAAAUUAUGUUGUGUAAAAAUUAGUUUGAUUCUGUUAUACCAGGGCUUCCCAACCUCUUUUGCACCGAGAUUUCCUUUUUCUUAUGGGCGAAUCCAUUAUUGAACCUUAUUUAGUUCCAUUAUCUGGUUUUUGUCACUUAAAUUAAAAUCCCAAGAGCCCUUCCCUAUAUUUGUUAGGCUGUUGGCUGGGAAGCCCUGUAUUAAACUGAGAAUGUAACAAUUUUCCUUUUUGUACAGUGCUUUACAUUGUUUAUAUUGGACUUUAGUACAAAAUGGUACUCUAAAAGGUCAUAAAACAGUUUGAUCAUAUUUGAUAGCUAACAUUUAGGAGGAGUUUGUUUCCUAUGUAAGAUGUCAUAAUGCAAAUUUAAAUAGACUCAAUAA